AUGGGGAAUAGUAAUGCCAUGUCUCAAUCAGUAGUGUCGAAACGACAAAAGAGUUUACCGUUGGAAAUACCGGUACUAUUAAAUAAAGACUACUCAUCAAGUUCACCAAGAAGUCCUUCACUCUCAAAAUUGAAAAGUCCUAAAAGCCCAUUGAAAGGCUUUUUAAAGAUUUCUUCCGCUCAGUCAACACCAAGAGAUUCAUGUUCACUUGUUUUGUUUCCAAUGUGUCGAAGCGGAGAUAUGUUCGACUCUCAAACCUUAAAACAUAAAACUCAAAGAAUAAAACCAGUCAAUUUUAUUGAAACUAUUCAACAGUGGACGUCUCUCACAAAAAUCACUCCUCUUUUUAACUCUGAUGAGGACUCUCUUUCCGCCAAAAAUCUCAAUGCGUCAAUCUGUUGUCACAAAAACGUUUGCAUUGUCAUCAAAACUGAAGAUAACGAUUUGAUUGGAUGUUUUCAUCAAGACGUCAUUCUGCCAAGUAAACAAAACGUCAAUCAAAAAAGCUGUUCAAACGAAUUUUUCAUCUUUUCGUAUAACAAAAACUUCUCACAAAAAAUGGAAAUGAAAGAAAAAGGAAAAAAUCAUUCAAUCACAAUCCACAAAAAUUCCGAAACAAAUUUCGUUUUUUCGGUGUACUCCGCUUUUUGGAUCCUUUCAGACGGAACUAUUAAUAUUCACCCCGCUUUAAAAUCAGUCUUUAAAAUUCCAAAAAAUGUCGUCGAUCCACUCAUCAAAAACUCUUUUGUUAAAUCAACAAAAAUUACCAAUCUCAUGGCUUUUGAGAUGGAAUAG